AUGGCGUGGCCCGCUCCCUCCUUCUUCCUCGCCGCUGUCGCGCUGCUGGCGACCCUGGUGGUCGCCGAUACGGAGCUGACGAAGAGUUACUCGCUUUCCGGCGCCACGUACAGCAGCUUCACGUACACCAUCAGCGAAAACAUUCCCCGCCAGCGCGAGCCGGUCGAUGUCAUCCUGAGCGCCUCCAACGUCACUGGCGGCGGCCUGGUUCUUAUGGGCUGGACCGACAACUCCGAGGAAGGAAUGUACGCCUUCACGAUGAGCAUGACCAACUUCUUCCUUGACGACAGCACGUUCAUUGUGCGCGACGGCAUUCCAGCGGAUGGCAUCCUCACUAUUCAAUCCCUACAGGCUAUCAACGCUGCUUCGCAGGUCAGCCCUUUCGACUUCAGCGCUCUCUACUUCACGCACAACCUCACGCUGUCCAUUACGAACACUUUCAUCAUGAUGGAGGAAGAGUCAGCGAAUCUGCCCAUCAUCGUGGCUGGCAGCAGUACGUCCAGCGGCUCGGGCAGUGCGUUCGACUACUACACAGCAGUGCAGAUUGCCUCCUUGCGGAGCACUGGCGGCAGCUAUGUGCUGCAGUUGUCGGGAAGCACCUCGGCGCAGGAGUUCACCACCAUCACCAAUCACGCCCUCGUCUCACUGUCGGACGUGUAUUCCUGCGGCUUGCAGAGCGGCGUGGUUGCGCUUGGGCAACCCCUGGCGCUGUCGGGCAACAGCUACUUCCGCCUGCGCGACGUUGUGGUGGACGCGUGCACCGAGUCCCAGACGGACGACGCGACGCUUUACCGCGUGGCGCCAGUCGUACUCGACGUGCAGGGCGGAAGCAUCACCGUCGGGCUGCAAUCUUUGUUUGUGUUGCAGGACAUCGUGGCCCGCUCCUCAACCAUGUUUCAAGGCACCUCCAGCUCCAGCACGCAGCUCGCUCUUGGACAAAGCAGCACCGUCUCGAUAAUCAACAUCACCGCCUCCUCUCUGUGCACCACCUGCCUCAGCGGCCUCCCCACCUCGAGGGACGACUCCUCCCGCCUUUACGCCAGCGACUGGACGCUUGGCGGCGCGUCCACGACCGACUACACAGCGGCCGGCCUCGGCGGUGCCACCGCCCUCAACAGCGCCGGCCGCGACAGCAGUGGCAACUGCGGCUCCCCGUACUGCCUCCCCGCCAACACGAUCGGCGCACCCAACUCGGCGUGCCAGUGCACAUGCAAUAUCAACUCUUUCCUGCCUGCGUGCCAAGAUAAGCAAGACGUCUCCACCACCACCAAUACCUGCAGCGACGCGAACUGCGUGACCUGCAUCAUCUCUCCAAACUUCUGCGACAAGUGCCGCAUCGGCUUCGUGUACAAUGCAAGCUCAGCAAAGUGCGUGCGGGCGCCGUGCGCGGUGACAAACUGCGCUCAGUGUGCCCCGGCCAACACGAAUCAAUGUAAGCAGUGCAGUGAUGGGUACGCGGUGGUGAACGAGCAGUGCGAGCCGUGCACGGACACCGCGUGUCUCGACUGCUCUGCCAACAUCGGAGUCUGCACAAAGUGCCUCGCAGGCUACUCCCUCGUCAACGGAACAUGCGUGGCGACGAGCACACUCUGCUCGGUGCCUCACUGUGCGGAAUGCAAGGAUAACGCGUACACGCAAUGCGAGCAGUGCAGUGAUGGGUAUCACCUGACCUCGGCCGCUACCUGCACGGCGUGCACGGAAUCGAACUGUGUUCAAUGCACCGCAAGCGCCGACACGUGUGAGGCGUGCAAGAGCGGUUACAACCUCACGUCGUACGGCACCUGCUCCCCCGGCCCCUGCAAAGUGUCAUACUGCAAGUACUGCAGCGCCAGCAACGAAACUCAGUGCACUGAAUGCAUCGACGGUUACAUUGUGAACAGUGAGAACGGGCAAUGCGUCACCACCGGAACCUGCGUGGUACCGCACUGCACGAAGUGUCAAGUCGCCUCGCCAAACGUCUGCACCACUUGCGCGUCGGGCUACGAUCUGAACACCACGACGGGCCAGUGUGUUGCCGUGGAGCCGACCUGCAGCGACGAGAACUGCUUGACCUGCAUCACCUCUCCAAACGUCUGCGACAAGUGCCGCAUCGGCUUCGUGUACGAUGCAAGCUCAGCAAAGUGCGUGCGGGCGCCGUGCGCGGUGACAAACUGCGCUCAGUGUGCCCCGGCCAGCUCGAAUCAAUGUGAGCAGUGCAGUGAUGGGUAUCACCUGACCUCGGCCGCUACCUGCACGGCGUGCACGGAAUCGAACUGUGUUCAAUGCACCGCAAGCGCCGACACGUGUGAGGCGUGCAAGAGCGGUUACAACCUCACGUCGUACGGCACCUGCUCCCCCGGCCCCUGCAAAGUGUCAUACUGCAAGUACUGCAGCGCCAGCAACGAAACUCAGUGCACUGAAUGCAUCGACGGUUACAUUGUGAACAGUGAGAACGGGCAAUGCGUCACCACCGGAACCUGCGUGGUACCGCACUGCACGAAGUGCCAAGUCGCCUCGCCAAACGUCUGCACCACUUGCGCGUCGGGCUACGAUGUGGACACCACGACGGGCCAGUGUGUUGCCGUGGAGCCGACCUGCAGCGUGGCGAACUGCCAGACUUGUGUCUCCGGUAAUGCUAACGAGUGUGCGACGUGCAGCUCUGGCUACGUAAUGACCGAGACGAAGCAGUGCGGAAAAGAAGGGUGUUUGGUGUACUACUGCACACAAUGCAAGGCGGGGUACCCCAACCAGUGCUUAGCGUGCCAAGCUGGCUACGGUCUCACGAACUUGGGCACCUGUGUGAUUCUGCGCCAGCCGGGCGACGAUCGCCCGAAUGUUGCCUCUGGCCCGGUGUCGCUCUUCGUUGCCGCCGCCGCGGUUUUCGUGACUUCCGUUAUAGCAUUCGCCCUGUAG